CUGUCAUGCGCCCUCUUCUUUACUCGUGCUGUUGCCGGCGAUUGAUUUGCUCGCAAGAGUCGACUGCAGAGUGCAUGUAGACUAUUAAAGCAUUUGUACGUUUUCACUAAGUAUCACCAAAAUCCUUAUGUUUAAUUGUAGAAAGGACAUAUAUAAUCGUGAAAGUGGUCUACAGAACGCUGCCAAUAAAUACAACACCGCUCAACUUCACUUAUAACACACAUGGAACUAUACGGAAAGAUGGCUGCUGCCCAAGAUGCUAAAUUUGGCCAGAAGGAGACAUCUGACCAGAACUUUGAUUACAUGUUUAAACUGCUUAUCAUUGGCAAUAGCAGUGUGGGAAAAACCUCUUUUCUUUUCCGCUACGCUGAUGACUCUUUCACCUCUGCCUUUGUCAGCACUGUGGGUAUUGAUUUCAAAGUGAAAACUGUCUAUAAGAAUGACAAAAGGAUUAAACUGCAAAUCUGGGACACAGCAGGACAGGAGCGUUACAGAACAAUUACAACAGCAUACUACCGUGGUGCAAUGGGGUUUAUUUUGAUGUACGACAUAACCAAUGAAGAAUCAUUUAGUGCAGUACAAGACUGGUCAACCCAGAUUAAGACAUACUCCUGGGACAAUGCGCAGGUAAUCCUGGCAGGCAAUAAGUGUGACAUGGAAGAAGAGCGUGUAGUGUCAACAGAGAGUGGGAGACACUUAGCUGAACAACUAGGAUUUGAGUUCUUUGAAACGAGUGCAAAGGACAACAUAAACGUCAAACAGACAUUUGAGCGGCUUGUGGACAUCAUCUGUGACAAGAUGUCUGACAGCUCAGAACCUGACCCUGCAGUCACUGCUGGAACCCAGAAUACAAGACUAAUGGACAAUCCGCCACCUCUACAGCAACCCAACUGCGGCUGUUAAUAACUGCUGGUAAUGCUGAAACAGGUCUAACAUGUGCUGUUGCCAAGAUAUGAAAAUCCUUAGGCAUAGUCUUUUAAACAUUAAUUUAAAUAUGACCAUAUCUUAUUUAAAAAUAUUGACGUCUGCUGCAAUGUGCACAGCACAUUCUUCUGGAAAUCUCUAGUUUUAAUGCACUUAGCAAAACACAGAAAAACAAGCUUAUAGUAUGUACAUAGCCUAGCAAAAAAUUUUAAUGUAAAACAUAACAGUCUUGUUUGAGUAUUUAUUAAGCCUUUUGCUUUUGAGUUUCCAGCAUUAAAAAAUCAUCAGUAAUGUAGGCAACUGAUAUAAACUAUGUGUGUUUGUUCUUUGUCUUAAACACACAGGCAAUGCUUCUUUCCACCAAUACACUUUAUGAAACAAUACUUGCUGUAUUCAGCUAGUGUUGAAAACCCCUCAGUCCCUGACAGCAGUUGUGUUACCUAAUGCACUCUUCUGUGCUAGAGUGGUGUUUCAGCAGUGAUAUCAGUGGCAUUGCUGGCUUCAAAGUGACCAGUUGGGCAUUCAAGUCUUUUUCUGCAUCUAUAGCAAUGGGUUAGUCCAGAGUUAA